AUGGGCUGGCUGUGGACAUCUUCUCCUGCAAAGGAGGAACCCCAACCUUCAUCCUCGAUGCCCUCUUUGUCCAGCAGUUCGACACCGCAACCUUCACCGACAACAGAGAAUACCAGCACAACGACGACGCCGCCGCCGCCGUCGCAAUCCCGGCCCUUGAGUCGCGAGGAAAUCGCAGAUGCAGAGUUCAAUCAGUUACUAGAGAGCUUAAAGGCGGAUGUCUCGCGAACAAAAUCGUCGCAACCCCACUCACAGACGGCGGAGACUUCAUCACAAACACCAAACACUCCACAACCUCCGGCCUCCAUUGCGCCGGAAUCACUCUACCCAGAUACCAUGUCGUGUCGUUCAGCAUUUGACUAUGCUUUCUUCUGCCAAUCUUUUGGCGGUCAGUUCGUGAAUGUGUACCGGUACGGCGAGCUACGGUCGUGCAGCGAACACUGGGAUAAUUUCUGGCUCUGCAUGAAGACCCGGAGAAUGGCGGACGAGGAGCGCAAGAAAGUGAUUCGUGAUCACUACCGGAAAAAGGCGGUCAAGUACAAGACAGGGGCCAGCAGCGAGGAUGUCUGGGAUCUCCGGGGGGAGCCCGUUGAGGAUGCCUUCCAGGGAGAUUUCGCUGCCCUAGAGAGAGAGAUGAAGGCCGAGGAAGAGGCGAAUCGCAAGGCCGGUGGGAUAUAA